UCAAGAUAUCUAUGAUUUUAGUUUAUAUAGAAAAAUAAUUUAGGAUUUUUGUGAAAAGUAAAUGAAAAGAAAAGAAUUUGAAAAUGCUUUGUCUAAAAGAUCUUUACAACUAAACAAUCUACCUUGGAAAAAAGUAAAAAUUUCAUGUGAGCUCGAAAAUUUAGAUGGAUUUAUAGAUCUUGAAGAAAUAGAAGGAAUUAACUUAAAUAUUAAAAAAAAAACAGAGAAAAGUGAAGAAAAAAAGGAAAUAACAGAUAAAAGUAUUAAAAAUAAGGAAAUCAAACAGAAAACAUUAAAAUCAGAUACAGAAGCAAAUAUUUUAAAUAAAAAACAAAUAUUAUCCAAAAAAAAAAAGAAGGAUGAAAAAAAAUAUAGCAAUUUUUCACUUAAACCAGAGUUUAUUGAUAUUUCUCAAAAAUUUGAUGAAAUUUCAACAAGUCUUCCAGAAUGGACAAAAUUUGGCUUAUCAGAUAUCGUCUUGAAAAAUUUAAGUUCUUUAUCCUUUUUAUCUCCAACACAUAUACAAAAAAUGGCAAUUCCAAGUAUAAUAGAAGGAAAAAGUGUUAUAGCUAAAGCAGAAACUGGAUCAGGAAAAACAUUGGUAUUCGGGAUCCCAAUAGUGGAAUAUAUUAUUAAAAAUACACUAAAUACAGUUUCAGCACUUAUUUUAGUACCAACAAGAGAAUUGGCACAUCAGAUUAUGAAUCAUCUUGAAUCUAUUUCCAAAUUUUCUUCAAUUUUUAUUAUUGCUAUUAUUGGAGGAUUAUCAGUUCAAAGACAAGAAAGAUUGUUUAAAAAAAAACCAGAUAUUAUUGUUGCUACACCAGGAAGAUUAUGGGAAAUAAUUAAUCAAAAUAAUUAUUUUCUUACAAUGCUUUCUAAAGUUAGAUUUCUAGUACUUGACGAAGCAGAUAGACUUUUACAAGAAGGUCAUUUUAAAGAACUAGAAAAAAUUCUUAAUUUCCUUAAAAGAUAUAAAAUCCAAAGACAAGUAUUGGUUUUUUCAGCAACUUUUAAAAAAAGUUUACAAAAAAAAAUAGAAAAUAGCAAUUUUUUCAAAACAAAUACUUCCACUGAAGAUGAAAUAGUAUUAGAGUUAUUUUUUAAGAAAUUAAAUUUUGGAAAAGAAAUGAAAUUUAUUGAUGCCAAUCCUCAAGAAAACAUUCCUAAAAAAAUAAAAGAAGGAAUAAUAGAAUGUAAAGACACAGAUAAAGACUUAUAUCUAUAUUACUUUUUAUUAAAAUAUCCGGGACGUACUAUUGUUUUCAUGAAUAGUAUAGAACAUGUUCAUCGAAUUGUACCUAUAUUGAAUGAACUAAAUUUAAAACCUCUUUCUCUACAUUCUCAACUUCGUCAGAAACAAAGAUUAAAAGUUAUCGAAAAAUUUAAUAAUGAAAUAAGUAUUUUGAUUACAUCGGAUAUAGCAGCUAGAGGAAUUGAUAUUUCUGAAAUAGACCAUGUAAUUCAUUAUCAUUUACCAAGGUCUGUAGACCUUUAUAUCCAUAGAUCAGGAAGGACAGCACGUGCAGAAAAUUCUGGAGUAGCUGUUUUACUAUGUACACCAACUGAAACAAUUAAAUUUCGAAAAAUGUUAUUUUCUUUAGAAAAAAGUAUUGAUGAAAUAUUAUUUUUUCCUAUAGACUACUCUUUAUUAAAAAAACUAAAACCACGUAUUUAUCUUGGGAAAAAAAUUACAGAUGCUAUGCAUUAUUUAAAUAAACAGAAUAAUAAUUGGUUAAAAGAAGCAGCAGAGGACCUCGGUAUUGAUUUGAAUGAGUUAAAUUCUAAAAAUAAUAAAAAAAAGGAUAUUUCAAAAAAAGAAAUCCAAAUUCUUCGGCUUCAAUUAAAAGAACUUCUCUCACAAACACUUUAUUCUGGAUUUUCGCAAAAAUAUUUGACAAAUGGUCCUAAUAACAUUGCACAGAAUACUAUCGAAGGAAAAACACAUCCUACUUUUUUAGAUACAAUAAAAUUAAAUGCUCUUCAUGUUUUUCAAAAAAAGCAAAAUCCCAUUCUUCAUAACAAUAAUAAAGAUCUAAAAACAUAAUGAAAAAACAUUUAUAAUAAAUAAAUCAAAACUAUAAUUCUUGAGAAAAAUUCAGUAGAUAUCCUA